AUGCCGUCCGAGUCGAGUUUGCCCGCGUGGCCGCCGCAGGAGCUGAUUGAAGCGACGCGGUGCGCGUCGGUGACGGGCGAUGCGCGUGACUAUGCCUUGUCGCACGGCCUCGUGUACCGCGCGCUGCCCGCGGAAAAGGGCGGCGUGCCGCCGCAGGACACGACCAUCCAUGCGCCGAUCACGCUGCUCCCGACGCCGUUCCCUCGCUUUCUCUUUAACAAGGCGCAGGAGCUACAGCCGCUGUACAACCAGCUGUAUGCGCGCCUCGCGCUUGAUGAGCAGUUUAUCAAGUCGAUCAUGGAGAGCUCGGUGGUGCACGUCGACGAAUUCCAGGCGAAGCUCUACGAGAUCUGGCGCACGGUGCUCGACGAGGGCCUCACGCAGGAUGCGCAGCUCGGCCUCUUUCGCUCAGACUACCUGAUGCACUCGAGCGCGGAGGCAGGCCUCGAGCUGAAGCAGGUCGAGUUCAACACGAUCUCGGCGUCGUUCGGGCCGCUGUGCACGCGCACCUCGCAGCUGCACCACUUUCUCCUGCACAAGGGCGCAUACGAGGCGCUGAGCCCGGUGCUGCGCAAGGAAAACAUGCCCAAGAACGAGGCGCUUACCACGCUUGGCGCCGGCCUUGCAGACGCGCACAACUACUAUGUACACGAGUCGCGCGAUGCACAGCACGCCGUCAAGCCGGCGAUCCUGUUUGUGGUGCAAGGCGACGAGCGCAACACGUUUGACCAGCGCGCGAUCGAGAUGGAGCUCAUGGCCGAGCACGGGAUUCCAGUGAUCCGUGCGACGCUCGAGGAUCUGUCGACCACCGCGUCGCUGCACGGCAACGAGCGCGUGCUCGUGCUGCAGUCGCCGGUGAGCCACGCGCCGAUCGAGAUCUCGGUGGUGUACUUCCGCACGGGCUACAGCCCGGAGGACUACAGCACGGACAAGGCGUGGGACGUCCGCCUGAUGCUCGAGCGCAGCCACGCCAUCAAGUGCCCGACGAUCGCACUGCAGCUCGUUGGCUCCAAAAAGGCACAGCAGGUGCUUGCCGAGCCGGGUGUGCUUGAAAAGUACAUUGGCCACGACGCGGACCAGCUGCGCCUCUCGUUUGCGCAGCUCUGGCCGAUGGACCCCAAGACGGACCUCGGGAAGGAGGCGAUCCGCCUUGCGCGCGAAGAGCCGCACAACUACGUGCUCAAGCCGCAGCGCGAGGGCGGGGGGCACAAUAUCUACAAGGACGAUAUUCCCGCCGCCCUCGACGCGAUGGAGAAGCGCGACAAGGAGCGCGCAGCGCGCGGCGAGGACAGUGUGGUGAAAGAGUGCGAGGGAUACAUCCUCAUGAGCCUCAUCAACGUCCCGCCGAACCGCGGCAACCUGCUCCUGCGCGCGGGCCACAGCGUACCGGCCGCGGAGCACAUCAAGGACACGGUGAGCGAGCUCGGAGUCUAUGGCACGACGCUCUUUACGCCGAGCGACGUCAUCGAAGAUCGCUCGGGCGGGUACCUCUUGCGCACUAAGGCCAAGGAGAGCGACGAGGGUGGCGUCGCGGUGGGGUUCAGUGUAAUCGAUACGCCGGUACUGGUAUAG